UUUCUCUUAUAUUAAAAUUCAUAUAAUAAGUAAAUAAGUAGCAAAUAAAAUAUAGAUAAAGAAAAGUAAAAUAGUUAAAAUACUAUUUAUAUUAAAUUAUUGACUUUUCUUUGUUGGUACCAACUUAAACCAUAUUGUUUUAUGGAGACUAAAAUAUACAGUACCUACUAAACACCUCCAUCUCCAUAUUGCCCAUUCUAUUUAAUUCGCUUUAAACGUACAGUAGUUUUUAUACUACAGCAGAGUAGUAGGUACAGAAGCUAGAGGGUCUACAGUGAGUACAGACUACAGAGUGGCAAGUGUGGGAAGAGAGCGGCCAUCUUGGUGUAAAGAACGAUAGAGCCGUAGGCCGUUUCUGUGCUGUGACAGGACAGUAGAGUUGGUUUAUUCGUACCGUCAACUGCUUCCUUAAUUAAUUGCCUAUAUGCUAUUUAAAAACGUAGACAAGAGUCACGAGGACGUGGUCAAGAGCCGUGAUACGUAGCCGUUCCUGUUAUUUAAAUAAUAUAAUAUAAUAUAUUUAUAUAAAACGUGUGGUGGUAUUAUUAAAUAAUAAUAAUACGAUAAACAAAAUGGAUACGCCGAGGGAACGUGAGAUUGCGGCUGAGGAUAGCAUCAGAGUUGUCUGUAGAUUUCGACCACUUAAUGAUUCUGAAGAGAAAGCUGGCUCGAAAUUUAUUGUUAAAUUUCCCUCCGGUGGCGAUGAUAAUUGUAUAUCUAUUGGAGGCAAAGUUUACCUCUUUGACAAAGUUUUUAAACCAAAUGCAACACAAGAUAAAGUUUACAAUGAAGCUGCUAAAUCAAUUGUCACUGACGUUCUUGCUGGAUACAACGGCACGAUCUUUGCUUAUGGACAAACGUCAUCAGGUAAAACACAUACCAUGGAAGGAGUCAUUGGGGAUGCAAAUAAACAGGGAAUUAUACCUAGGAUUGUUAACGAUAUUUUCAAUCACAUUUAUGGAAUGGAGGAAAAUUUGGAAUUCCAUAUUAAAGUUUCUUAUUUUGAAAUUUAUAUGGAUAAAAUUAGGGAUUUACUUGAUGUAUCCAAGGUAAAUUUGAGCGUCCAUGAAGAUAAAAAUCGUGUUCCUUUUGUGAAAGGAGCAACUGAAAGAUUUGUGUCUAGUCCAGAAGAAGUAUUUGAAGUAAUCGAGGAGGGAAAAUCGAAUCGACAUAUAGCUGUAACAAACAUGAAUGAACACAGUUCUCGUUCGCAUUCAGUCUUUCUAAUUAACGUAAAACAAGAAAAUUUAGAGAACCAAAAAAAAUUAUCGGGUAAAUUAUAUCUGGUGGAUUUGGCGGGUUCAGAAAAAGUUUCAAAGACUGGUGCUGAGGGUACAGUACUUGACGAAGCUAAAAAUAUUAAUAAAUCGUUGUCAGCGUUGGGUAAUGUAAUAUCAGCGUUAGCUGACGGUAAUAAAACUCACAUACCGUAUCGAGAUUCAAAGUUGACGCGUAUUCUCCAAGAAUCUCUUGGUGGUAAUGCUAGAACAACAAUUAUAAUAUGUUGUUCACCCGCUAGUUUCAAUGAAUCUGAAACAAAAUCAACAUUAGAUUUUGGUAAACGUGCUAAGACUAUUAAGAAUGUUGUAUGUGUUAAUGAAGAAUUGACUGCGGAAGAGUGGAAACGUCGAUAUGAGAAAGAAAAAGAGAAGGCCGCGAGAUUGAAAGGAAAAGUGGAGAAAUUAGAGUCUGAAUUAUCACGCUGGCGACAGGGUGAAACCGUUAAUCCAGAAGAACAAGUUAAUCUAGUCGAGGUACCUGAAGUUAUAAUACCACCAGUUAUUACUGCUGUAAAAGAUGAUGGACCUAUGCCGGCUAUUCCUGGUGGCGGGCUUAUGGCUGGUUCUCUUUCAAAUGAGGAACGACAAAAAUUAGAGGAAGAACGUGAAAGAUUGUACCAACAGCUUGAUGAGAAAGAUGAAGAAAUCAAUCAACAGUCGCAGUAUCUUGAAAAGUUAAAGGAACAGCUUGAUGAACAAGAAGAACUAAUUGCCAGUGCUCGUCGUGACUACGAACAGCUGCAGCAGGAAAUGAAUACUAUUAAUCAAGAAACAGAGAGUGCUAAAGAAGAAGUCAAAGAAGUAUUGCAAGCACUAGAGGAAUUGGCUGUUAAUUAUGAUCAGAAAUCACAGGAAGUUGAAAUUAAAAACAAAGAACAUGAGAGUUUGUCAGAGGAAUUACUUGCUAAACAAACUGCACUUAAUUCGACUAUGUCUGAGUUACAGCAACUACGUGACAUGUCAACUCAUCAACGUAAAAGAACUGCCGAAAUGUUGACGAAUUUAUUGAAGGAUCUGGGAGAAAUUGGUGUAGCUAUUGGUGGAGACGAAAAUCUUAAGUGCCAGAUAACACCUGACAUUAAUGGAAAAGUUGAAGAAGAGUUUACAGUAGCAAGAUUGUACAUUAGUAAAAUGAAAUCAGAAGUUAAAAAUUUGGUACAACGUUGUCAGGGAUUAGAAACAUUCCAAACGGAAUGUAAUAAAAAGAUAUCGGAGUACGAAAAAGAACUGGGUGAGUGCCGAUUAUUGAUCUCUCAGCAUGAAGCACGUAUGCAGACACUUUCAGAGUCAAUGAAAGAAGCAGAAGCACGUAAACGUAGUCUAGAAGAGAAUCUUGACGCUCUUCGUGAAGAGUGCGCAAAACUAAAAGCAGCUGAACAAGUCCAAGCUGUCACCAACAAAGAAAAAGCUGAAGAAAAAGAGGCCGCGACAAAAAUGCGAGUUGCAUUGGAAGAACAAAUGGACCAACUACGUGAUGUUCAUCAACGUCAAGUUGCUGCGCUGAGAGAUGAAAUCUCUGAGAAACAGGAAAUGAUUAGUGAACUCAAAGAUCUCAACCAGAAAUUCACAUUAGCUCACCAACAAAUGCAGUCCGAUUACGAAAGAUUGAAACAAGAGGAAGCCGAGAAAUCAGCUAAAUUACAAGAAUUAAUUUUAAUGAAUGAACGUCGUGAACAAGCUAGAAAAGAUCUCAAGGGACUGGAAGACACUGUUGCUAAAGAACUUCAAACUCUUCAUAAUCUUCGUAAAUUAUUUGUUCAAGAUCUUCAAAUCAGAAUCAAGAAAUCCUCUAUUGCUGAAGACAACGAGGACGAUGGAGGUUCUCUAGCACAAAAACAAAAGAUUUCAUUCCUCGAGAACAAUCUCGAUCAGCUUACAAAGGUUCACAAACAAUUGGUCAGAGAUAACGCUGAUUUACGAUGCGAGUUGCCUAAAUUAGAGAAAAGGUUACGAGCCACCAUGGAACGUGUGAAAGCUCUCGAGACUGCACUACGUGAUGCCAAAGAAGGUGCAAUGCGAGAUCGUAAACGUUACCAAUACGAGGUGGAUAGAAUUAAGGAAGCAGUUAGACAGAAAAAUUUGGCACGACGUGGACCUAGCGCACAAAUCGCCAAACCAAUUCGCGCUGGUCAGCAUCAUGUCAGUGGUGUUAACGCUAUUCGAACUGGAAAUAGGGAAAACGAACGCAAGAGUGCAUUUGCCGAUGAAAAGAAACGAAUCCCCGAGAUGGAUUUAAUUUACAACUCUUACACAUAAAUAAAUUUUAAAAACAUUAAGUUAAAUAUGAUACACAAACAAUAAAAGUUUAAGGAUAUAAUUAGAAGUAAUACAUUUAAUUUGCAACGAGCACCAUCCGUUUCUUUCAAUCAUCAUCAACAUCAACAACAGCAACUAAAUAACUAAAAAGAAGAAAAAAAAUAAUAUAAUUUAAUAAUUAAUCAUGUGCUUAGAUUAAUUGCUAAGAUAGAUUUUAAGUUACUGUGUAAUACUGCAUGUCUCAUCGAUUUGUAAAUAGUUAAUUUUUUAUAAAUUAUUUUAUUUAAUGUGAAAGCGUGUUAUGUGGAUGAACAUCACAUACGUCUAUUGAUGGAUUGUCAAGAUUCAUUAUUUAAUCUUUUCAGAUAAAUUAUUAUUAAUAAUCACAGCAUUUCGUUUAAUGCGCUUUCAUUAUGCACAUAUUGUAACGUUGAUAUGCAAACGAUUAAAAUUCACAAAUAUUUGAAAUUUAAAAAAUACAUUUUUAAACAAUUGUUCAGCAUAAUAAAUUUUAAAUAAUAAUACCAUCGGGUUGAUAUUUUUUUGACCCACGAUAAUCAUUCAACACCCGAACAAAUCGGAUUUAAUAAAUAAUUUUAAUUCGUGUAAAAAAAAAUUCGUUACAAAAAGAUUCUAUAAAAGUUCGUCAUGUAGAACUUCUAAAUUUGAGAUAAGUUAGAACUUCGAGAGGAAUUUUGUAGUUUUGAUGGUAAAAACAAAAAAAAUUUAUUUAAAACUUGAUAUGAGCGAAUUCCGAGUAAAAACAAAAUGUUUUUAAAACAUAUUUUUACUACAUUUCAUCUUCGUUCUGAAAAAUUUCUCAUUAGAAACCAAUCGUUCCAUAAGAAUAAAAGAACGUUCAAGAGUUCCAAAUUUGAGGUUUUUGAAUUUCCUCGAAAAAAGGGUAAAAAUACAUUAAAAAUUCGUUUUGAGAAAUAUGUUUCAAAAUCGUUAUUUUUUUUAUUCAAAUUUUUUUUUUCAAAGUUCCUCGCGAAGUUCUAAUCUUUCUUAAGUAUGGAAGUUCCACAUGUUCAACUUUUUUGGGUUUUUUUUUACACGGAUAAUAUACACACGACAUUUGUACGAGUAUAAGAUAUUUCGAUCAGCAUCAUAAAAUAUAUAAAUAUAAAAAUAACAUCAGCAAGUUAACAAGUUCGAUGGAUUAAUUUUGAUUGAAUAGCUUGUUAUGAAAUAACGAUUUGACAUGCAGUUACGAUUUGUACGAAUGAUUGUAGCUUAAUAUGUAAUUUAUAAUUGAAAACGUGAUUUUUUUAAUCUCUGUCUCCGCAUGGCAGUAAUUAUACUUUUAAUGAUAUUUUAUAUUUAAUAAUUUAACUAAAAAAGUUAUUAUUUGUUUGAUGACAGUGAGAACUUCAUUGAGAAGAAAAGAAAAAAGAAUAGAUUCAAUACAUUGAAUUAAUUUGGAGGGCUCACUUAAUUAACAUUAAGUGUUUUUAGUCACUCCUUUGUGAUUUUAAAUUCAAUAUUUGGAGCUGUUUUUUUUUCUUCCUUUUUGAAGUUAAUUAUCUCUUUAAUACACGCGAAAUUUCCUGGUCAUUUAUGUUGUUUAUUUUCUCUAUACAUCUUCAGUUUAAUUGUCAUACUAUAUUUAUAAUAUCCAUUUUAAUUUUAGUAAUUAUUAUUCAUUGUUUAGAGGCUCACACAUUAAUUUAGAUACUCAUUAUAAUUGUUAAUAUAUAAUAUUAUUUUUUAUUAUCAUUAUUUCACAAUUUAAUUUAAUUCAAUUUAUUAUUUAAUCAUUUUUUUCAUCAAUCUAAUUUAAUUAUUUGUAUCAAUGUCAUUAUUUGUGCGACGAAUGCAAUUAAUAUUUAUAUUUUUCUGUCCAAUUUUUUUUUUUUUUAUUAAUGACAAAACAAAAAUAAUAAAUUGAAAAAAUAAAAUAUUAAAUAAUUGAAAUAUUUGAAUCUCUGUUAUCUCUGGUGCAAUAAUUGUAUACUGAAUGUCGCUAUUAUUGUAAUAAUUUUUUUUAAGACUUGCUAUUUGAUGAGCUUAUUAGUUACAUAAAGAAAAAAAGUCUAAAAAAUAAAAAGAAAAUAAAACAAUGUGCUUUAGAAUUAUUUUGAUCGCUGUAUUUGUAUAAUUAAAAAUAAUUUACGAGCCACGUGUACUUGAUAUUAAUGUAUUUUAAAAACAAUUGCGGUGUCGUAUGUUAUCAUUAAUUAUAAUAUUAUUAUUAUUAUUAUAAUUUAAAAUAAACAAAUAAAUUAACUGCAGGCUGUAAAAGAUGCAAGUUUUUAAACGUAAGUUUAAAUAAACACUUGCAAUUAAAUAGGUAGAAAAAAAAUAUAUAUUAAUUGUAUUACUGGCAAUGAGCCAUGUAAUUUGAUGAAUAAUUUAAAAAAUUUCUUAUACAACUAUAUGAUUUAGUUUUUUUUCUUUUUAUUUUUAAGCAGAAAACCAUUUUUUUAAUUCUUAACGAAAAAUAAAUUAAUGAUACGGAUGAUUAAAUUUACGAAGUGAUUUUUGUAUGUAUAUAUUUAAUAAUGCUUGUUAAAUUUAUAAUGAAAAUUAAUGUGCUAAUAUUUACAUAUUUGCAUUCCCAAGCGGAUAAAACAUUUUAAUAAUUUGCGCUUAUAAUGUAAUUAUAUAAAAUAUUAUUAUAAUGAAAAGAAAGUAUGAAAUUAUGAGCAUGGCUUCAAACUAAGGAGAUGGUGUCUUAGUACAGUAUUUUUAAAAAAUAUUUUUGUCGUAAGGUAAGAGAUCGAGUACCCGAUCAAUCAUGUAUUUUUAUAUAUUUAUUUAAGAAAUUUUACUAAAUCUAUCUAUACAAAUACAUGGAGUACUCGUGUACUUAUUCCCUGAUCAGGUACCAGGUUUUUUUAUCUCAUAAGUAAUUAUUUUUCUAACUAAAAUAUAUUUUUAAUUAUUUAAAAGUUUCAUCUUCUCAUAAUUUCUGGAACAUUUUUUCUUUAGCAUAUUAAUUAGUUAUAAUAAUAUAUAUUUUACUAUAUUUCAUUACACGUGCAAAUUAUUACAAUAUUUUUCCGUCUGAGUAAUAAUAUUUUUUGUCACUGAUCUUAUAUUAACGAUCUUGGUAAUUUAUUUUGAAUUAAAUUACAACACAAGCGGGAUUAUUAAUUUAAAUGUAGAAAAUUAAUAAAUUUUAUUUAAAAAAAUAAAGUAUCGCACCUUUGAGUGAUAAUUCAAAGGCCAAUCAAAUUGAAGUGCGAAUACUUGAUCAUAUUGAUUUGUUUUUCGUAAUAUAUUAAAUAAUUUUAUUAUUAUAUACAACAAUGGCAUUAUUAUUAUCGAUGAUAAGAUAAAAAUUUGAAUCCAUAAGUGUUUGCAGUAUCUAUAAUAAUAAUAAUAAUAAUAAUAAUAAUAAUAAUAAUAAUAAUAAACUAUUUGUUCGUCCUUGGUAUGCACAAGCCAUUAAAUCGGGUCAAUAAACGUUAAGAUAUUUAUUGUGUAAAAUGUAAUUUGAUAAGAGAAUAUCCUCCUGAUAUUUCGAUAAAUAAAUUUACGUAAUAAUUCUCAAUUUACUGCUGGCACAUGUCAUCGUCAAUAAAAAUGUAAGCCAGAUGAUAAAUAAAUAAAUUGAGUAAAAGCUUUUGCUUUUUAUAUCCAUGCGUACAAUGCCUGUCGGAUACAUCGCCGAAAUAAAGUUUAAUAAUUAUUUUAUAUAUUUAUUUCCAUACAGAGUUCAGAUUAUUUUUAACAAUUAUUGGAAAGUCUAAAAUAUAAAUUUGUGCAAACCAAAUAAAAAUAAUUAAUAAGAGGUGGACAUUUAUCAUUUUGCUCUUAAU